GCUAUGGCUAAUAGAUUUGAAGAAGAAAUUAAAAAAGUUCUGCAAACCAGUGGACCUGCCGAGAUCCAGAUUUAUUUGGAUCAGCAGAAUGAUAUUCCAGUAAAUAUUGGCAUCACAGGAGAGUCCGGCUCUGGUAAAUCCACCUUUGUUAAUGCCUUUAGAGGCUUAGCUGACGGGGAUGAGGGAGCUACCCCCACUGGUAUUGUAGAAAUCACCUCAAAGGUUACACCAUACCCCCAUCCAAACCAUUAGAAUGUUAUAUUAUGGGAUCUUCCUGGUAUUGGCACCACCAAGUUUCCAGCUGACAAGUACCUGGAGCUUGUUGAAUUCAAAAGGUUUGACUCCUUCAUCAUCAUCUCAGACACUCGCUUCAGAGAAAAUGAUGCGAAGUUCGCUAAAGAGAUUUAAAGAAUGGGGAAAAAGUUCUACUUUGUUCGCUCAAAGAUUGACCAUAACGUACGUGACGAAGAAAGACGUCAGGGGUCAGCGUUCAAUAAAGAAAGGACUCUUAACAAAAUCAGGGGAAACUGCAUUCAAGGUAAGUCUGAGGUUAAAGCGGAAGAUCACAAAUGCCUAAAACUUUAAGGCAUAUGCAAGACAAGCAGACACUGCCUAAUUUAAAGGGCAGAGAAGAACUAAGGAGAGCUAACAGGUUGUAAAUUGAGUCGUGUGGUACUGUCAGAGCCACUA